UUCUAGGAGUUGAGUGGUGUAUUUCUAAGUGCAGCGCGUGAAUCGAACGUUCCGCGCGUUUUGUUAUUUUGUAACAUUUUAAACUUCGCUGGAUACAUUGUUGCCGCAACGGUUGUUUCCAGCUCAGUGGAAACAAUGUAUCCGAUGGCAGCGUGGGGAUAAAAGGGGGAAGAAUGAAGAUCUUUUCCUCAUGCAUGGCUUGAAUUAGUGGUUGCGGCUCAGUCGAGUCCAUCUAACUGUAAUUUGUGCUGUUGGCCUGUUAGCUUUAGCAGAGUUAGCCGUAGCACAAUAUGAAAGCUCCUUAUAUCCAGCAGCAGGGAGUUGGAGAGAGCGCGUGAACACCAGUCUCAGUGCCAGCUGACAGGCUGAAAGUUUCCUGGGACUCUCUUUCUGGCGAACUGGAUCAAUGAUGGAAUUGCAAACAUUACAGGAGGCCCUGAAAGUGGAAAUACAAGUCCAUCAGAAACUUGUCGCCCAAAUGAAGCAGGAUCCACAGAACGCAGAUCUGAAGAAACAACUUCACGAGCUCCAAGCGAAAAUCACGGCUCUGAGUGAGAAACAGAAAAAAGUGGUGGAGCAGUUGCGGAAAGAGUUGCUGGUCAAACAGGAGCCCGAACUGAAACCACAGACGCUCCCGGCAACCGCAGAUGGUAAAACCGUGCUGCUGACGCCCGCCUGUCCCCCUUCACAGCCGCCCACAGGGCCUCCACACAACCAGGGGGCGCCACAGAAGACUCUCGCCAUGACGCCGGUCAUAACUGCAAAGACUCUACCUCUCGUGCUGAAAGCUGCCGCCUCCACCAUGCCUGUUUCCAUGGCAACACAACGCCCCACAGUCGCCAUGGUCACUGCCAUCAGCAACCCCCCGAGACCCGGCGCCAAUUCCGACUCCCAGAGCACACCAAUCAACCUUCAGGUGGCCAGCAAGCUACCCAAUCAGGACAUAGAUGCCGCCACACGGAUUGUGUCCAAGAAUGUUAUAGUCGUGCAGGCCACCACCACCUCUGCCCAGCCUAUCAAAGUUCCCCAGUUUGUCCCUCCUCCUAGAUUGACGCCUCGACCCACCUUUCAGCCACAGGUUCGACCAAAACCACCCAUGCCCAUCAAUGUGCCCAUCGCUCCAGCUCCUCCUCCUCCCAUGGUGGCAGCUCCUCUAAUCCAACGGCCCCUGAUGCUCACUACAAAGCUGACGUCAUCUCUGCCUGCCUCCGCUGGGCCCAUCCACCAGGUCCGUAUUGUAAACGGACAGCAAUGCGCAACCAUUGACAAGACCACGACCACAGUCACAGGCGGCACCACGCAAGUCACAGGCAUUGUCAUCAGUCCUGCCCAGACACUUCAGAUCAGCAACCUUAAUUCAGACUUGAAGAAUCAUUCAACUGACUGGAGUGCAUUCCUUGCUUCUUGUUCUCUACAUCAGACUGUGAAACCGCAAGGAGGACCUGAACAGGUGGUCACAAGUACACCACCCUCAUCCUCUCCUUCUCUUCCUCCUCCUCCUCCAGCUAAGGUCAGACGAGAGGAAAGCCCACAGAAACUUGCCUUUAUGGUGUCUCUUGGGUUGGUCACACAUGACCAUCUUGAAGAGAUUCAGAGCAGAAGACAGGAACGUAAGAGGAGAACAACAGCCAACCCAGUGUACAGUGGAGCAGUGUUUGAACCUGAGAGGAAAAAGAGUGCUGUCACUUACUUGAACACUCCACUGCAUCAAGGCACCAGGAAGAGAGGUCGCCCUCCCAAAUACAGCACCACCACCACCACCACCACCAGCAGCACGGCGGUGCCGGAGCUGGGCUGCAACCCCCUGCUCUCCCCCACCAGCAGCCUUCCCGCCUCCCCAGCCCUUGAGCGGCCUGACAUGGGGGGCUUUCCCCUCUCAGUCCACCCUCAUUCUGUCCCCCAGCCCAGCCCCAGCUCCGGGGAUGGAGACAUCCAUGAGGAUUUCUGCACUGUGUGCAGACGCAGUGGACAGUUGCUCAUGUGUGACACAUGUUCGCGCGUCUACCACCUCGACUGCUUGGACCCACCCCUCAAAAACAUUCCCAAAGGCAUGUGGAUCUGUCCUAAAUGUCAAGACCAGAUUCUGAAGAAGGAAGAGGCCAUUCCAUGGCCAGGAACCCUGGCAAUUGUCCAUUCCUACAUUGCGUACAAAGAAGCGAAAGAAGAAGAGAAGCAGAAGUUAAUGAAAUGGAGUGCCGAACUAAAGCUGGAACGAGAGCAACUAGAACAGAGAGUGAAGCAGCUCAGCAACUCUAUAACAAAAUGCAUGGAGACCAAGAACAGCAUACUUGCACGUCAAAAGGAGAUGCAGGUCUCUCUGGAUAAGGUGAAACAUCUGGUCCGCCUAAUCCAGAGCUUUAACUUGACUCAGCCCAUGGAGACUGACACCCUACAGGAUUCCAAACAGGACUGUACAGAAUCAGGGAGCAUCAAAGACUCAAAGGAUGCUACGCAAGUGUGUGUGCAGGAGAGUCCCACAGAGCCUAGUGUGCAAGUACCAGUUGCUGUAGCAGUCCCUGAAGUGAAGGCAGAGCCAGAAGUGGGUGAAAUGGCAGAGCCAGCAACCGCAGUCACACCUGAAGCUGCGUCAGGUGAAUCGGGAAUUAGUGUCCCGGAAGUGCCCAAAACCACAGUUGGUGACGAUAUGAUGGAUACGGCGAAAACAGUUGAGGCUGUGGAAUUGCCUCAGGUCAGGGACGUAAAGACUAAUGGAGAAACGGACUGUGAUUGUACCGGCUUAAACACAGAAGAAGAGGAGGGUACUAUCGAUGCCACAGACUCGGCGGACUCUGAGAACAUCCCUCCCAAUGACAGUAGUUGUGCAGAGGAUGCUGGGAAGAUGGAAGUGGAGUUGCAGGAAGAUGGAAGUCAUGGCGUGAACACCAACAACGGCAAAACCUCAGAACCUUCUCAACAGGCUUUGCCAGCCCCUCUAAGCAGCGUGGACAACCCCAAAUAGUUUUCAGCCUCACCCUAAACACACAUCACCAAAACAUUUAAACAGAUUUCCUAUUGCACCUUGGACUGGUGCACAAAGUUGCCAAUCUAUACGUAUAUAUAUAUAUAUAUAUAUAUUAUACAUAUAUAUAUUAUCUAUAUCCAAAUAAAUGUUGUCGUUUUUUAUUUUCUUUCUUUUCUUUUUCUUUUUUUUAAUGCAUAUGGUAAAACUGUGUCAACAGUACUUCUACAUCCAAGGCGAACUAGUCUUGGUUCUUGUAGACCAAGAGAGCCCAAACUUGUGGGAGAAAAGGGUGACUUACGAAAGAGUGUCAUGCCAAUUAUUAGAUUAUAAAAAAAAUAGUAGUUUAAUAAUAUUAAUAAUAAUAAUAAUAAUAAUAAGGAUGAUGACGGUGAUAAAGAUGAUGAUUUAUCAGAUCAGACCAGUGUGUGCCUCCAACAUGGGGUUUGUUUCAUAGGUUGUCUUCUCUCCGGGAGGAGAAAGGCAGGGCAGACAUGUCCAAAGACUGCAUGAAUAUGCCCACACCCUGUGCACCUCCAGCCAGGCCUGAGUGGACUGGCAAAACCAAAAGCUUCUCUUUCCAAACAUGAUUUUAAAAAAAAGAAACGCAUCAGUAUUCGCCAGUGGCAAGGCAGUGGCUUAGAAUCCUGUUGCUGGCGUAGGUUAGGCUAAAUCAGGACACAGCCAGGACUGCCUAUAGCAACCCCUCUAAUUUCUCUCCUCCACCCUACAUCUUCUUGUCUGCAUUUCCCAGUUAGCAGUAAAGUGUCCCAUCUCAAAGUCAUCUCAGGCUAAUUAGCGGUAGAGUGCUCUGCAAAGCCUCUCAAGAUCUUUGACAAAGGGCUGGAAGAGAAAGCUACGCCAGAAGUCACAUCUCGAUAACUGCAACAAAUCAUGCGUGGUAGAUUAGUCUGAAAAGUGAUGGUGGUUCUGUGUAUUGAAUGAGUCUUGCUCUAAAGUCAGUGUGUGUGUGUACUCGAUGCUGUUUGUGGAUUUUUUUUUUUUUUUUUUUUUUUUAAAGAAAAUAUAUUCAGGUCUUCCUAGUCUUCAUUGAAAAUAAGUGCUUUUCUGUUCCAUGAAACAGUUUGUUAUCAAAGGUGUUUAAAAAUGGCAUGAAUUAUGCAAGCAGCUUUCUCAAUCUCAGAGAUGCACAUUGCAUAAUGAGUGUCUGUUUUUGUUUGAAUUCUGAACUGCCAAAUGCUUUAGUUUUUUUUUUUUUUUUUUUUUUUUAAUCCAAAAUAAUGGAAAUAUCCUCUUACUUUGUGUUUAGUGUAGAGUAUAAUGGACUAGUCCCGUCCCCAUUUUUCCAAAAUCUUUUUUUUUCUUGAAAAACAAUAAUGACUAAGUCACAAUUUGCUGUCUUAAACUUGAGGGUUUGAUGUAUGAGCCAAAUUGAGUAAUAAGAAAAUGACAGAAAACCCUUAAUUAAAGCACAAGCUUUAUUGCAGAUAGCUAAAGCAAACGCACUAAGAACCUCUUAAGAGACUUUCUGAGCAAAAUUUUCAAAAGCGCUUAAAUCUUUUUCUGUUGGUUUUUACAAUGUUUGCCAACAUAACAUCCUGCAAGAAGGAAAACAGUGGUCAGUUACUGACGUACAAAGUGGGAAGCACUGUUUAGGACAGUCUUCUGCUGGUUUUUGCUGGCUUUUCUUUUGUGUUGCGUAGUAUCUGUUAAGUCUUAAACAGUGAUGCACGGCUGGCACCUUUUUUAUGUUUAUGUCAGGCCAUUCCAAAAAAAAGCAUAUCCUUUAUACCUUUGUGAUGAAAGCCACUCAGGCUAGGAUUGAACAAUUUAAGCAUAUCAAAUUCCACGUAUUUGUUUUAAGACACUUUUGUAAGUGCUAAUUUUCACCAUGUAUACAAUAGUGCUUGUUUAUUUGGGAUUUCAAAAGGAUGACGCAUUGCAAAUUCUGACUGUUUAACCAUGAGAGAUAACAAUAUGGAUUCUGAGCUUGAGAUGACGUUUACUGUUUUGUCUUUUUUUUUUUUUUUUUUUGAUGGAUUUGUCUUGUGUAGUCAGGAUUUCAUGGCUUUAAAACCCCAUUUGUGGUUCUUAGUGGAUGGGGUCUUGGUUAUAUCGACAAUGUGCUGCAAUUUCUCACAAUCUACUGUGAAAAUUCACAUACUUAUCCUUAAUACAUUCCCAUAAUGCCCUCUUACCCUUUGAGCCAGGAUUGGGUAAUGAUGGAUAAACAUUCAUAUCAUGGCAACCAUUAUUGUGGCAUACCGACAUGAAUAUUUAAGGCCUUCCAGAAGUCACCAUUGUCAGUCUAGAGAAUAUUUAAAGAAAACUACUUUUACUCCUUCCUGUACAGGUGCCCAGAGUGCCUUCAACCUUUUACAUACAGAAUUUAAUCUCCUAGCUCACAUACAUGUCUUUCCCUUAAAAAUAUUGAAUGAAACUGGUCAUAUUUCCCUUUCUCUGCAAAACAUCACUCAUUUAACCUCUAUUAGAAGCACAUUUGUUGUAAUUUGAUUGGUUAAAGUGAACUGGUUGUAGUGAUGUGCUUGUGUUGAUCUGGUCCUGUCUGUCUGUCUGUCUGUUUACUAAAGCUAGUUAUCUGCUGUGAAGUUAAAGAGCCCCUCUAGUGUAGGCGAUAUUUUAAGGAGUUGCCUUGAGUUUUUUAACACUCUGAACAAAAGUAUAUCUUAGUGAUGCACAAAAUUGGUCUGUAAAAUAAGAGUUGUUCCUUAUAAUGUGUUUCAAAAUAAUUCAUUGGUUAAUCGGAGCACUCUGUGCCACCAAAAUAUUAAGUGUGUGGAUUGACAUUCAUUGGAAAAGAAGUUCUGGAAGUUUAGGAAGUCAUGGUUUCCUGUCUUAAUGCACUUUUUAUAGGAAUGUCCUAAGUAUUACUUGGUUUUGUUUUCCAAAAUACUUAAUUGUCUGCUCGUUUUAAGUUCUCUUUUAGUGUAAAAUUCAGGAGAUUUUUUUUUCUUUUUUUCUUUUGUCGUAUCACAAAACAGGACUGUUCAGACCAGUGACUACUACUUAAUGUCAUACAUAACACUCUGCUCUUAAAACGAUGUGCACCCUUUCUUAUUCCUUCAGUCACUGAGUUAGAAUACUGGACUUGUACCUGAAUCAGGUAUUUAGAUUUCAGCCUUGACUAUUAGCAAGGCUGAACGGAUCAAAGAAAACCUGCAAUCUGAUUGGAUAGACUCAAACGCCCAGAACACCACCUGUCCAAUCAGUUCAACAAAAAGCAUGCCUUCUUAUGCAAAUUUUUUAUAUGAGUUUUGUCAGACUUUUUUAAUAUGCAUUUAGUUUUGAGUUUAUUUUGUAAAGAUUUUUAUGUGAACUUUGUGUCACUUUCCUUUUUACAUGUCUGGCAAAAAUGAUGCCAAAACGAAACAGUAUACAUAUGUACAUCUCUUAAAUACACAUGCAUUUUUUUGUGUUGUUUAAAUUAUGAACAAUAUACAUUUUCACAAUGGCAUCUGUAGAAAAUAGUUCAUUCAUGUACAGUUACAGAUGGGAAUUAUUUGCGGCCCACAAUUCUGGGCUCUUUGGAAUAUGGAAAUGUGGCGUUUCAGCUGUGUAUGAAUCUCAUGGACCGUUACUUUCAUUCAAGUCUGCCUUUGCUAGCACAACAUGCUGAAUGUUAUUGUUAUCUUGGGGCGCUGGGUGGGCGGGUUUGGGGGGGGUCCAGUGGUUGUGAGAAGAUAUUUAUUGGUCUUACAUGGCUUAUCUUGCAGAGUGCAUGUAAUCUGUUGUGGGUGGGGGUAUUAAGAAAGAAGGGGAGGGAACUUCUGAAAGCCACGCAUUCAAAGCAUUCAAGUUCUGUAUACCCAAAGAGACUGCAAACAUGCAUUUUGCUAUUAGGAAGCCUUUUUAUAUGCAUUCGAGAUACAUAUCAUUGAAAGUUUUUUUUCCAUCACAGUUGAUUUCUGCUCUAGCUUGUGGCUCUGACAUGUGGGAAACGCUUUCCGCCAGCUUUCUGAGUUGUCUGUGGCUUUGCAAUUUUGGUUUUAGAACUUUUAAAAGGUGAAAGGUUGCGGUGUACAUUUUAUGCAUAAAAUCCAAACAUUUUCAGACCCAUUUCAGCUGUUCAUCCUGUCACCUUAAUCUUAAUAGUUUGUAGAUCAUCCAUAUUCUUUAUGGUGCGUUAUAAUUCCACAGUGACAAAGAAGUCAUUGUAGUUUCAAUGUAGUUUUUGUUCACUUUUCAUACUCAGUCAUGAUUGUGGCCUUCUUGUACUGUUGAUGCAUUUCAUUUCUAUUGUCGUGACUUCCCUGAUGUUGUGCACUGUGUGAGCGAGUGUGUGUUUGAGCAGGUGUGUGUGUGAGCGUUACCUCAUCUACAGUCAACUGUCAAAUUGGAAAACAUUUUUGUUUACGCGUGCAAAAAAAGAAAAAAUCUAAAAAAAAAAAUCUUCCACUUGAUGAAACACAAAACAGGAUACAUUGUAGCGACAUGAGUUAUUUAAAAAAAAAAAAAAUGAAAAAAGUUCACCUGGUGUGCUGAACUAAGUGUAAAUGGUUUAUUACACAAUAUGAAUAUUUGUAAAAUUGUUUGUAUUUUUUCAUAAUGAUUUUAAAAAGGAGUGUGUUUAUUUUUUGACUUUUUUCUGUUACAGAGCUCUCUCUCUCUCUCUCUCUCUCUCUCUCUCUCUUUGGUCUUUUUUCCUCCUCGUUUGUUCGCCUGACAUUGUGAGUGAGUCAGUUGGUUUUUACCUCUCCUGUAUUGAGCCUGUGAUGAGUCCUUUGUAUGCAGUGUUUUGAAAAUACUGUAGGGAACAUGGGAAGAAAUUGAUAUUAGGAGCAUUUGAUCAAUUUGUAUUUAUUUAUUUUAUCAUUUUGUUAAUAAAUUGACAAAGAAUA